AUGGCGGACAACUUGGACCUGUUGGGGGUGGUGGGCACUUGGAUAGCUGCUGUCCUUGGAAUUAUUGCGCUCGCCGGCAUUUUGCCUGUCUAUGUUCUCUACCGACAGACGCAAACAGAGCGCCAUAUUGCGCUCAACAAGAUAUACAACAUCAAGCCAGCAGGUACCAAGGGGAAAUUGACCUUCGCCCGUCAAGAAGCCUUACUGCCUGUCCAUCGCGGUUGGUUGUUGCUGCUGGGAAUAAUCGACCGGUACUCGGAUCAAACGAACCGGCCCGACAAGGGCCUGUUUGUUGGUGAAGCAGAGGAGACAGAGAUGGACGAGUUUGGGCGUUGGGCCAUCUUUGGCAUUCGCGGCGGACUGGAACAUAUUGUCGCUUCGCCUUUACGGCAGGAAGAUGUCGAGUCUGGUCCAGAAGCGGUGGAUAGAGUGGUGUUUCGCAUGCAUUCCGUACAGCACAUGGCCAAAGUAUCGGAUUCUUUUCUACGUGGCGACGAUAUGGCUAUUCUAUCGUUGGUUGCCUUAUAUCUUGGCUAUCUGGUUAGCGUUGAUGGCAAAGAGCAUUAUGACCUUGAGACGCCAGAUACCAUGCUAACUGUGCAUACUUCGGCGCACCGACGUGAUUCUGGUGAGGAUAAUUCUCAUAAGAUCUGGAUCUGGGACCAGAAACCAAUGGACAGUCUACCGUCUCAACAAAGAAGACUGAUGCAAGAGCUGGGUAUCAAACUGCCGCGAGUGUUGAAGCUGAAGGAAAUCGUAGCCCCCAACCAAGCCAUCUUCCACCAGAUGCCCCGUGAUGCUGCUCAAAGCUAUCCAGUUAUUUCGCGCAAGGGGAAAGGAAAAAUCUGGAUGACUCGGUCCAGUUUACAUACUCUUGUGCUCGCGGUUUUGAGACUUAAAAUUACUCCGCAGUCGUUUCUUUUCAACGACCCGCCGCUUGACUACGACAUAUUGAGCCAUUUAUUUUACUCGAAAAAUUUAAGGACCUUCGCUGAGACGACAGAAAAGUUUAGUAAGAACUUGGAUGUCCUCACACAGAGGGAAAAACAGGAUCUGGAACGAUCCUUGCUGAAUCUGAAAGAAAAUGCACCCGAAGACGGUACCUGGAUGGAAUGGAGCCGUACAAGAAUGGACGCCUGCAUCUCACUGGACAGGUUGCUGAAUGAGAUUUGCCAAAAAAGAGGCAAGCUUCUUUCUUGCGUCAUCUCCAUCCUGUAUAUGCAAGAAGAUGGCUUUCGAUUUAUAUGCAAUAGAUACAGAAUAUUCGACUGCGAUGACCCCGAAGUGCUUGCGAAGCAAUUCAUGGUGGACUUGUCGUCUAAAAAGGUUCUGGCGCCGCUACCAUAUAUUGAAGGUGAACCUGAAUUCGAGCAGUUUUAUUUUGAUUUCCCGACAGUCUUCUCGGACGCCGAGCUACUUGACGUCUGGCCGUCGCCUAUGAACAGGUAUCCAGUGCCUAUUUCGUUGCCGCUCGCCUUGAUCGCAUGUCUGCGAGGACACUUGAGGAUGGCUAUGUGGGACAUGAGACUGCCUAGCUCACCACUGGCCGAUUUCUAUCGAACGCUGCGCAGUGGUAUCGUGCAUAUUGUGCCCCAGGAAAUACCACCACCAGGCUCUCUCUCGACGGAAUUCUUUCCUCCUCGUCGUGCUCCUCUUCCUCCUCUUCCUCCUCUUCCUGUUCCUGCUGAAGAACCUGUUGUCCGUUUCGCUCAUUACGAAAGAGGCUCCACCUACAAUACAUACCAAGAUUCCCAAGCCAGCAGCUCUGACUAUGAGCCGCGUCAGCGCCGCGUAGAUAGAUGGAGAGUCUAUAUCGAAAGCGGAUAUCCCUCGUCUGCUGACUCCGUCCAAACAAAUUCUGCCAUUACAGCAUCAUCCUUCCCCCUGGAAGGCCACGCUGAAGAUGGCUACGUGACCGCUCCAGAAGAAGAUACAGACGACGAGGUAACUGUUGCCAUAAGGAAAAAACCACUACCGCCACCAUCACCAGAGAGUUCCGUCCCGUAUUCUUCUGCGUCAUCACAACAUGCUGACCCAGCUCUUCUCUCCCCUGAUGAAGACGCAAAAUGCGCAGUUCGGCUUUCUGUCCUGAGAGACUUGUUGACUAGCGAUGAGGCGGUCAGGACAAAGCUCUCGAAGACAUCGAGAGAUCUAUAG